UAGUUCCGUGUUUUGGCAGCUGCCUGCGUUUUAAGUGACAGCGCUCCCUCAAUGAGAACAGAUUCCCGACGACUUUGUGAUUAUUCGCGGUUUUAAGAGGACCCAGGAGCCCCGUGGCUCCUGCUGCGGGACUGUUUGGACCCAUCCAAACCAUGCGAAAGCUGCUCUCCACGACCUCAAUCAGGAGCUGACUUCAUAAUCUCCAUCUCUGUGGCGCAAAAUGGAUGCUGCUUGGAGCAAUUUUCUCUUCCAGAGUACUCCCAUCCAAAACCAAGUGGAGGGGAGCCUCCAAUCAGAGCUCAUGCAAGUGCAUACGAGUUCUCCCCAGACCCCACCCACAGAGCACAUAGCACAGCCUCCUUCCACUGUGGACACCACUGCUCUCAGUGAGGAACCCCUGCCUGUGAAGCCAGCACCUCGGCCAACCCGCGCCCAACACAUCUGUGCCAUCUGCAACAAGCAGUUUAAGAACAACUACAACCUGCGGCGGCACCAGUCGGUCCACACUGGGCGGCCUGCUAACCCAAACCCAAUCCCCGUGAAGAAGAACCACGCCUGCGAGACGUGUGGGAAGGCCUUCAGGGACGUGUACCAUCUCAACCGCCACCGCCUGUCCCACUCGGACGAGAAGCCUUUCUCCUGUCCCAUUUGCCAGCAGCGCUUCAAGAGAAAGGACCGCAUGAGCCACCACGUGCGCUCCCACCAGGGUGGCGUAGAGAAACCCUACAUCUGCCCUCACUGCAGCAAAGCUUUCUCAAGGCCUGAUCAUCUCAACAGUCAUGUCAGACAAGUGCACUCUUCAGAAAGACCCUUCAAAUGUCCUACGUGUGAGUCUUGCUUUGCCACAAAGGAUCGCUUGCGAGCGCAUAUGAUUCGUCAUGAGGAGAAGGUACCGUGCCACAUCUGUGGGAAGCUGCUGUCUGCUGCUUACAUCACGGAUCACAUGAGGGUUCACAACCAGUCGCAGCACCAUGUCUGUCACCUCUGUAACCGCAGCUUCACCACGCUGACGUACCUUCGUGUUCAUGCUCAGAAGCACCACGGUCAGGAGUGGAAGGACAGUCCAGGGGGCUUUGGAGGGACAGCCUCGGGUGGUAUUCUCGUUUGCCACUUGUGUGGCAUCCACUGCAAGACGCCCACCCAGCUCCAGGGUCACAUGGGCACCCACAGCACCGUCCAAGGCGCCCCGAGCCCCAUCACCUCUAACGUGGUUGCCAGCAGCUCCGUCUCCCUCAGCAACAUGGUGACAGCCCCCACCGUUUAUGUUACCGGUAACACGGUGGUGGACCUGCUGGUCACAGACUGCUCUAGCAUCGCAGCUCCACAGUCCCACAGUUAGCAGCAGAGAGCUAGCUUGAGGUAGAGGGUAAGGGUGGAGAAGGUGGAAGUUAUUUAGAUGCUGACCUGGUUUCAGUUUUGUCACACUUACAGGUAAGAUCACAGGAGAAGCUAAAACCAGCAAAGCAGUUUCACCUCAAAGCUGCAUAGCUAGAGUAAAAGAAGAAAAUAAAUGGUGACAGACUGAAGCCAAUUAAAAGAUGGACCUUUGUGGCUGCGGCAAGUUCACUGACACGAAUGACAAAUGUGGAUGUGGUGUCCAGAUGUUUCUUAAUGCUCCCGUGAAGCGGUAGUUUUGUGAGCAUUUACUGUAUCGUUCUCCCCUCUCUGCCCUCUCUCUCUCUCGAGACGCUUUCACAAAACAUUUCCACACAAAGGCUGCACAGACCAGUCUGGGCUUAUCCUGCCUCUGGCCAUUCAUAAACCAUGAACCGGCCACGUCCUGUAGAGACGUGAACUUUCAGAAAUAACGUGAACAUCGUGGAUCAAAAAGAGGCAUGGAGCAGAACUUAGCUGGAUUGACGUGGAGCGCAACGCAUUAAAUGUGUGACGGAUGGCUCCCUUCUAUCAUUUACAAAAUAUGAAUUAACUCACUUUAGCAAUCCUUUUUGUGAUCAAUUAAUUUGUUUUUAACUAAAUGCAAACUUUCUGUGCAUCAGUAAUAAAUCUGUUUGUUGUAGUUUAUUCCUGCUGCCACGUUGCACAGACCGAAUGUCAUCACAAUAUUAAGCUCACGUCUUUAUCAUUUCAAUGCUACCUCGCUUUGCAGCGUAAAGGUGCUUCAGGGGUAGGUUGGCAUUGACCCCUUUGCCUCCUCAGUCCAUUUAGAACUGUCACCGAGGCAGCCAGAAGGCGUCAAGUCCCAACUUGGAAGUGUUUUGUGAAAGAGCCUUCUGUAUGAUCUUCCCCUCAACUCUUUUUGGCAUCAGCUGCUCUCUGCAAGCGCUCCAAGUACUGUAUGUCUCACACCAGCUCUGAUCUUACCUCCAUUUUUGCAACUCAGAAUUAAACAGAAAAUAAUCCAAAUGACUUGCGUUAAGAAGUUGCAGGGAGAAAAUAGCUUGUAGAAAACAAAACAUUAGACGGGAAGUUUCACUUGCAUGUUUGUUUUCCACAAGAUGGAGAUUCAAUUUAGAUUAAAUGCUAGUUCAACAUGUCUUCUCUUGGUAGGGUGUUAAAGAGGUGGUUCGGAUCUUUUGAAGUGGGGUUCCAUGAAGUAGUUGUCAAUAAUUAGUACCUUGUAGUAGACAAACUGAGAUUGUAGAAACAGCAAUACAUUUUAAGAUGGGGAUCAAGCUAAAGACUGGUCAGACUGGGGUUCUGAUUUUAGCAAAUUUCGGUAAAAAAAAACAAAAAAACCCACAAAUUCAAAAAUUUAAUUGCAAAUAAAUGCUACUUGGAUUUUACACCUCGGUGCUUUUGCAUGAGAUUGUCUAGUCCUGGAGUGGGCUACUAUUUUUUUUUUUUUUAAAGGCCAUUUAUGAAACUGGCACUUUUCCUGAGGGCCAGACUGUGUUAAGUUCAUUUCAGCCAAAUUUAAAAAACAUAAUUGGCUCUAAAUUUAUAUUAGCUGCUAGAAGUAAUCAGUAAAAAUCUUAACCAGUCGUACAGAGAAUUUAACUUUAUCUUUAAUGUAAAUAGUGAAACGUUUGUUAAAAAUAUGCACGUUUUACAGCAUUUAA